AUGUUAAAAACGAAAGGAUUGCUUUACGUUCUUUUAUCGAUAUUAUUGAUCGGAAAAGUUUCAUGCUAUGAAUAUGAACCAGUACUUGGUCAGCAAUAUAUUCAAUUUCCAACAAGUACGAAUAACAGUUUAGCUCAAAAGUAUUUUAUUCUUGGACUGGCACAUUUGCAUAGUUUUGGAUAUCAGUAUGCAAUCGAGCAAUUUGAAAAGGCAAUUCAUUUGGAUUCUAAAUUUGCCAUGGCCUAUGUUUUCUCAUCAUUGAGUUAUAUUCAGCCGGUUUGGUUAGAAGAAGAUCCGAAUGGUGGUUGGAAACAGGUCGAACGAAUGAAUUCAAACAUUGAUUUUGCAAAUUUAACACGGAAGGAACAACUCUAUGUUCAAGCUAUAAGAAAACUCUUUGAUGGUGGACUAAUCAUUCGUUAUGAUGAUUAUAUAUGUCAUUUAAAAGGACUUUACGCACUAUUUCCAACUGAUAACGAAAUUGGAUUGUUUCUGGUUGCUGUUCUAUUUCGUAAAACUCAACCUGAAAUUCGUGGUUAUCUUCAUCGAAGUCCACAAGAUAUUGAAUUACAAAUGAAUAUCUUGAGUUCAGUUCUUAAAUCGAAUCCAGAUCAUCCGGGUGCAUUGCAUUAUUUCACGCAUGUCUAUGAUCAACCUUUAACUGCGUUGUCUGCUCUCCCAAACGCUAUGAAAUAUUCUCGUAUCGCAUCCAGCUCACCUCAUGCUCAACAUAUGGUAUCACAUCUUCACCUUCGACUGGGUCUGUUUCAAUCCGCUUUACUUUCUAACUUAGAAUCGGAUGAAACUGGCGGGAACCUACAACGAGAAUUGCAUAGUGUUGAAUUUAUGCAUUAUAUCUAUUUAAAUAUGGGAAAACGCACGAUAGCAUUACAACUUUUAGAAAAUAUCAAACCAUUCUUCAUCAAUGGUUCGUUUUAUCGAAUGCAAUAUGGAAUUAUGUAUGAUCGACAUAUUGUUGAAACGCAAAAUUAUUCAUUUGCGUUCGAAAAUCCAUUUGAUUUGAUUAAUUGUUCCGAAUGUAAAGCACUAGGUGAUCUUCUCUGGCUAUAUCAAAUCAAUUCAGGAUUAUUACUGGUUAAAGGAUUUUCCACGGUUAAAAAUGAUCAAUAUUACAACUUUACUCUAGUCCAAAAUUAUAUUCGACAAUUGAGUAGUAUGUCAAUACAACUGAAUCAGACUGAGCCGACGCUUUCCAUAUCAAUCAUGGCUAUGCAGUGGCAAUUGAGAGCAUUUCAUCAAUAUUAUCGCUUAGCUAAAACAAAAGAAGAAAAAGCUAUUGCAUUAGAUUAUGCUCGGAUGGCCAGUGAGCUUGAGUUGUCUGUGAAUCCACCAUGUUAUGGUCCACCCAUCGAUCCUGUUAAACCUAGUCAAGAACUUUUUGGUGAGCUACUCUUGGAAGAUAAACAGUAUUCGGAUGCAAUCGAUCAAUUUUUGAAUGUGAUGGCAUAUUUUCCAAAUCGAACAUUGACACUGAUUGGUUUAGCGCGAGGAUAUUCAUCAUUGAACCAAACAGACUUAGCCCGCUCAUAUUAUUCUCGUUUAGUGAAUGAUUUACUUGCCAAAUCCGAUUAUGGCCUAUCAUGGUAUGAAGAGGCACAUAAUUAUUUAAGUGACACAUCAAGAGAUAUAUUCAAGUCAGUACUGUAG